CAAAUACGCAGAAGCAAUUACAUCAGCUGUUUGCAUAGAUACAUUAACCUUUCCACUUCACCUUCUGCCUGUGCUUGUUCUGUAGUCCAGUUUGGGUCUCUCAUUUGCAGACUCACUAAAGAUACCAAGACAUGUCAAUUCAUACUUCAAAAAAAGAAAAACGAUUUCUUUUUACCUCAGAAUCUGUUGCUGAAGGACAUUCUGAUAAGAUGUGUGAUCAGAUAAGUGAUGCUGUUCUAGAUGCUCAUCUCAGUAUUGAUCCAGAUGCCAAGGUUGCCUGUGAGUGUGUAGCAAAAACUGGAAUGAUUUUGCUUUGUGGAGAGAUCACAUCCCGAGCUGUAGUAGAUUACCAACAAAUUGUAAGAAAGACCCUUGAGAGGAUAGGGUAUGAUGAGUCUUCCAAAGGACUGGACUAUAAGACUUGCACAGUUUUAGUAGCCUUAGAACAACAGUGUAAAGAGAUCAAGCAUGCUGUCUCCCAUGGCAAGAGUGACGAUGACAUUGGAGCAGGGGAUCAGGGUUUGAUGUUUGGCUAUGCCACUGAUGAAACUGAAGAAUGUAUGCCCUUAACAGUCCUCCUGGCACACAAACUGACUGCAAGAAUAAAGGCUCUGGAACGGAAUGGAACAUGGCCCUGGGUUAGACCAGAUGGCAAAACACAGGUCACAAUGGAAUACAAGGAGACUAAUGGUGCAGUGGAGCCCAUCCGAGUGCACACACUUGUGAUUUCAGUACAACACGCCCCAGACAUGCCUCUACAACAAAUACAGAAGGAGCUAAUGGAGAAAGUUGUUAAAGAAGUCAUUCCAGAGAAGUAUCUUGAUGAGGGCACAAUUUAUCAUCUACUUCCAAGUGAAAAGUUUGUAGAAGGUGGUCCUAAGAGUGAUGCUGGACUGACUGGCAGGAAAAUCAUUGUUGAUAGCUAUGGAGGCUGGGGAGCCCAUGGUGGAGGUGCAUUCUCUGGAAAAGAUCCCUCCAAAGUUGAUCGUUCUGCAGCAUAUGCAGCUCGCUGGAUUGCAAAAUCUCUGGUGAAAGCCGGUCUCUGUAAAAGAGUAUUAAUCCAGCUAUCAUAUGCUAUCGGUCUGAGUCAUCCUCUUGCGAUCUCAGUGUUUCAUUAUGGAACGUCAGACAGAUCUGAAGAAGAACUGCUUGAGAUUGUGCAGAAAAACUUUGAUCUACGCCUUGGAGCUAUCAUAAGGGAGCUGGAUUUGAAGAAGCCGAUCUAUCAAAAAACAGCAUGUUAUGGGCACUUCGGGAGAGAAGAAUUUACAUGGGAAAUACCCAAAAAGCUUGUGUAUUAAGCUUUUCAGAAUGUUUCAUGUAAUUGACAGGUGAUUUAAUGAUCAGGUAAAAUUUCAAGCUGUUCAAGAAAAGACUGUAUCUACUCUGUUUUAAAUGACAUUCUGUAGUUAAUAGAUUUACUAAUAAUUAUUUGUACUUAAUCUCUAACUUUCAUUGUGGCCUUACACUUUUAAUGCAUGCUGCUCUAUCUAACAUACUCUUCAGCUUUGUCUUUGGUAACCUGUGAACAAUUUAGGCCCUUUGGCUGCAAUCAAAUAUUAAGUGCACAGAUGGUUGUGGAAGUUGAAGUCAUUCCUGUUCUGCCAGGGAGCCUACUACUGCUUACUUUGUGGUGAAGUGGAUGAAGGUGGUGAGGUAACUUACAACAGCUCCCUGAGAGAGGAAAGCAGUAAGAGCACAAAUUGCCAUAAUUCUUUGGGCCAGGACUUCCACAACUACAGCUUUGGUUAUGGUCCUUCUAGUCCAAGCAAAUUAGUAAAAACACCCAUUUCGGAACAUUGUUCAUUGUAACCCUAAAUAUACUUAGCUAUGAGGUAGUGUUAUCUGUUUGCUUUUAACAUUAUAGUUUUGUAGGCGUAUCUGUAAAAACCGAUGAACUCCUAUGUUCUAAUUCUUUUACUCACUUCCUCCUUCUCAAACUGAAUUUUUCCAUGUCUGCAUGAAUUGGAAUUGGCUGUACAAAGUUUCAAUUAAGUUUCAUUUUGCCACUUCUGAAAUGUAAAAAAAUUUUGCAAAAAACAUUCAGAGGACAUUACGUUUCUUUGACUUCUCUGGCUGAAAGCACAAAAUGGAGAGAGAAAAUUCAAAAUCAUUUAGCGUUUCUUCAAAGACUAGAGAGAAUGAAAAGGCUUGUAUACAGAAAGUAGCAAUUCUGGCAAGCAAAUUUAUCAUCAAAUUGUAAACUAAGACAGAAUGUUGGAAUGCUCUAACUGCUUACUCUUAAUAUCAAGGAAUUUUAAUAGACAACUAAGCAAUAUGACUACCCCAUCCCCAAUAAGGGAAAAAUAUAGGCUUCAGUGGCAAGUCUAAUCAAGUGCAAAUAGUUGAAUAUAAUAUUAGUCUCAAGCACAUUUUAAAAAGCUGCUUCCUUUCAUGUAAAGGCUGAUCAAUCCACUGCUCCUUUGAUAGCCCAGAGCUGAAGUGAGGUCAUUGUACACCUUACCCAGCCUGGUACAGUUAACCUGAUCUAGCACAGUAGUGCUGCAGGCUGUCUUGUGACCUACAAAAAAAGGCUUUUUGUUUUUUUCUUCCAUAAAAACCUCAAAUUUGUUCCUGGAAUAAAAGCUGCAAUUCUUUUGUGGACUUUUUUUUCAGUUUUUUAUUUAAUGAGAAGUUUUCCUUUUUAUCACAGGACCCUGGACUCUGACUUUGCCUGAAACUAAUCCAGUUU